AUGGCACCUCAGGUGUCUGCUUGUCAAGCAUCCAACGCCACCGAGUUACCAUGCAAGAACGCAGGAUUGCAACCCUCAAAAUAUGAUCACGGUUGGAGGAAAGUCGUGCGCAACUUUACACCGUCAUGGUUCUCUGUAACUAUGGGUACGGGGAUCGUGUCUCUCCUACUGCACAGCUUGCCCUACAAUGGGAACUGGCUAUAUUGGGCUUCUGUUGUGAUAUUUGCCUUGAAUGUGCUUUUUUUUAUUACUGCAUCUAUCAUCUCCACCCUGCGAUACACAUUGUAUCCAGAGGUAUUCAAGGCUAUGAUCCAGCAUCCGGUACAGUCCAUGUUCAUAGGUACAUUCCCUAUGGGCCUUGCUACAAUCGUCAACAUGUUCUGUCUAGUCUGCGUCCCCGUGUGGGAUAAAUGGGCUGCAUACUUCGCAUGGGGACUGUGGGUUUUCGAUGCGGUGGUUUCAGUGCUGACUGCUCUUUCUCUGCCGUUUAUACUAAUGGCUAAUGGUGGAGAGAUGCAUUUAUCCUCCAUGACUGCUGUCUGGCUUCUCCCUAUUGUCACCUGUACUGUCGCCGCCGCGUCGGGUGCCAUUGUGGCUGAGAUACUUCCCAAUCCUCAACAUGCCCUGUGGACAGUGAUCGCCAGUUAUGUUCUGUGGGGUAUAGGACUCCCCCUUGCAUUGAUGGUCUUGGUGAUUUACCUCCAGCGUCUCGUGCUCCACAAACUGCCGCCCAAGACUGUCAUCGUUAGCGUUUUUCUGCCACUGGGCCCAUUAGGAACAGGUGGAUAUGGAGUGAUGAAACUGGGACAAUGUGCUCAGGAAAUCUUUCCCAAGACUCAUACCCUCCAGGCAGAAUCUGGUCCCACGUUAUACACUCUGGGUUUCUUGGUUGCACUGCUGUUGUGGUCAUUUGGAUUGGUUUGGCUCUUCUUCGCCAUUGCCUCGAUCGCCCACAACAAGAAAUUCCCCUUCAAUAUUGGAUGGUGGGGUUUCACAUUCCCGUUGGGCGUAUUUGCUCUUAGUACCUGCCAGAUGGGCAGUGAACUUCCAUCCAAAUUCUUUAAUAUUCUUGGCACGAUCCUCUCCCUCUUUGUGGUAGUUUUGUGGGUCAUAGUUAGUCUCGGGACUUUGAAGGGGAUUGUUUCAGGCAAGCUCUUCUUCGCACCUUGUUUGGCAGAUCUGGGGAUUGAAGAAGACAAAGAUGUAGGAAAAGCAGCGUGA